AUCUUUAUUUCUCAUUGACAAACUGUCGGCAACAAGUUAUUCCCUAAAAUAACAAACAAAGCAAGAAAAUAUGCUUGCAUUAUCAUCUCCUUUAUUUUCAACACCCUAUGGAUGGCCCUUGGCUGAUAACUUUUCCAAGGUUUGCGGUGAUCCAGAUUCAACUCAAUCACUUCUUGAACUUCCUUCAUCUGAUCAAAUCCAGCUAGAUUUUACACCUGAAAAUUCCAGUUCUUUUGGAGGAGCUGUAAAUGGCGGAAUGGGCGAUGGUAUGAGGGUGGUCAAAAAGCUCAAUCAUAAUGCAAGUGAAAGAGAUCGUCGUAAGAAGGUUAACAGCUUGUAUGAAUCUCUUCGUUCAGUGCUACCCAUUUCAAACUAUCGAAAGAAAAAAGUAAGUAUUCCUGGAAUUGUAUCACGCGCGGUGAAAUACAUACCCGAACUACAAAAGGAAGUGGAGACAUUAAUACAUAAAAAAGAAAAGCUUUGGUCGUAUUCAUCAUCAACUGAAAAUAUCUGCAUCAAGAAACAAAGUGCUAAAGAUGCUAUCAUCGAUGAAAACUCAUCUAUUGUUUCUUCUGUGAACGUUUUAAGUGAGAAAGAAGCUAUCAUCCAGCUGAUUUCGUCGACUAAAAGUAGUGGCAAGAACAAGGAUAUUGUCUUCUUGUCUAAGGUUUUGGAGAGAUUAGAGGAGGAAGAAGAUGGGUUUAUUUUGCUAAAUGCAACGACCUUCAGAUGUGUUGGAGAAGGGAUAUUGUUAAACACUCUCCAUUUUCAGGUGCAAGGAAAUAACAAGAUAGAUGCCCAAAAGAUAAAGGAGAAGCUCCGUUCUUUCCACCAAGAAUAAGAUGAACCUUACUCACAGUGGUUAUAGGGAUGAUGUGUAGUUUUUAACAUAUUUAGUUAGCUGUCAGCAGUUUUAACGGCCAAUUGUAUAUAUUAGUGUCAAUAGGGAACAUUAGUAAGAAAUUAUGUAACACU